CCGGCUGCCCUAUAUAAAGCGCGCAUGCCCCGCGGCCUCCCUUCCUUUCGCUCUCGAUUCUCGACUCUUUUCUACUUCCACCAUCUCUCCACCCACACUUUCCGUCGCCUGUCGCUGAUCUCUCAGUCUCCAAGAUCUUCUCAUCUUCUUCUAACUUCCUAUUUGAUCAUCUCGUCUAUCCCUCCUUCACCAUGCCUCCCAAGAAAGCUACUUCCACCGCGGCCAAGAAGUCGUCUGCCGGCCCAACCCACGCCUCCUACCGUGAUAUGAUCAAGGUCGCCAUCCUGAAUCUGAAAGAGAGAAAUGGUAGCAGCCGUCAGUCGAUCAAGAAAUACGUCCAGGCCAACAACAAGCUUGCGCCUGCUUCCCAAAAUGCCUUUGAUAGCCAGUUCAACAAGGCGAUCAAGGUUGGUGUUGAGAAGGGUGAUUUCCUUCAGCCCAAGGGUCCCUCCGGCCCCGUGAAGCUUGCUAAGAAGGAGGCUGCUCCUAAGCCCGCUGCAAAGCCCGCUGCGAAACCCGCUGCGAAGGCGGAGAAGGCUAAGCCCAAGGCCAAGAAGUCAACCGCUGGUGUUAAGAAGUCAACCGCUAAGCCCAAGGCCAACACUGCAAAGCCUCGAAAGGCCACUACAUCUGCACCAGCUGUCGUUGACAAGCCGAAAGUCGUCAGUGUGACUAAGUCCGGUCGCAAGACCACGACGACGGCAAAGCCCGCCGAAAAGGCAACCAAGAGGACCUCUAAGAAGGCUUAGAUUUAUAGCCAUGCUUUGGAGAUUGUUUUGAGCGUCCUCUUGAUAUUUUGACUUUGGGUUUACGUGAUGCGCUUCGGGAUAUAUCUUAGGUUGUGUGCUCUUUCCUUUCUGAUGUAAUUUCUUUUGCUUGAGACUCUUUUUUGUGACGAGUCUGGGAAUUUUGUUUUCCCUUUAUUGGUUGGGCCGGCG